AUGAUAUAGAAGCGGAAAGUGAUGACCAUGAGGGUUCGGGAUUAACCGCAAUCCUUGAUGAUGCUCUAUCCAGUUGCCAAGAAAUUCCAUUCAUGGCCAUUGAUAAUGAAGGAUCCAGUCAAAAGAUAAAAGGAAAGUACUGCUAUGUAUUACGUCUCUACGGUUCUCUAAUUAAUGGCCAAAAAGCGGUGGUAACACUUUUAGGUAUUCGGGUUUUCUUCGACGUUCUUGUACCGGAUGGAGAGUCACCAGAUGAUUGUGAAACAAAAGUAAGAGGUAUUCUCUCUGGUAGUAAGGUGGAGACUUUAAAAAUAGAGCAUAUUAAAGCUUUCCCUUUCCGCGGUUAUCAUACAGAAAAAAAGACAUAUUUACGAAUUUAUACGAGUGGCACUGGCAAAAGAAAGACAGCCAUGAAAGCCAUUCAAGAUAAUAAUUACGAAACUGCAUCAGAUGACUUGUACUCAUUCCACCGUAAAGUGGCAAGAGAGAAUGGAAUCCAACUUUCCGGAUGGUCUAUGCUAAGUAAUUAUAUAUAUAAGAAUAGAAUUGAUCCUCUCUGCCCGCACGCAUUCUAUACUUCUAAAAAAGAUUUUCGGCCAGUGGCAGACCUAAAAAUAAUAAGUGACCGAUUCCCCAUUUCAACUCUCUUGCGAGAUCGUACUCUCAUCCUCACGUGGGAUAUAGAGACGCAAUCCCGAGAGUUGGGUGAAUUUGCCGAAGUCCUUGAUCUGAAUCAUAAUGUUUUUAUGAUUUGCAUGACACUCCAUUGGAAAGAUGAUCCAAAGCCAUUAAAACAGAUUUGUCUUGUAGACGUUGAGACGGAACCAGAUCCGCGACGGAUUACAAUCAUUUGCGGGAAUCAAGUAAAUCUGCUAAAAGCUUUCGCCCUCUGCUGGCGAGCAUUUGCUCCUGACAUCCAAGUUGGGUUUAAUGAUUCCGAUUAUGAUUGGCGGUUCAUAAUAGAAAGGGCCUACCAUCUUAACAUUCUCGAAUGGGUGUGGGAGCGAAUGACAGGAAAGUUUGAAACAAAGGAAGAAAUUCUAAAGUGGAAAUAUCGUGGAAAAAUAGGAGCGAAAUCUGAAAAUAAUUUCAAGAAAGGAAAGAAAAAGAAUACAGACGAAGAGGAGAUCAUAUGGGGAUCGGGUGAGGAGGUCGAGGAGGAGAAGGAUUUUAUGGGAGCAAUUAAGAUCAAAAUUACUGCGGAAGAGAAUUUCUUUUCCAGUUUUCUUAAACUGCCAGGAUGCGUACCAAUUGAUGUUCGAGUGUGUCUCAAAAAACGUUACCCUCGUUCGGAAGUAGAAAAGGAAGGUUCGCUUAAAUUCUUCUUAAAAAAGUGUGGUCUUGACGCUAAAGCUGACAUGCCAUAUGAUGAAAUGUGA